AUGCCCGCUGAGUCCUCAGGCCGACUCGAUCUGGACAAAGAAAGCCGCGUGGAGCUGCGUGAGAGGAACUCUCGGAUGACGCAAGCGGGUCAUGCCAAGGCCGUUGUGUGCCCACCGGCUCCCAGGAUGCUGUGGCCAAGAGCACGUUCCUACCGUACCGCCGUCGGAAGCGAAACGUGCAAGAAGACGCCCACUUACAAGACCAGCCUACGGGAAGUUUCUGUGACAUUUGGGCUUGCCAAGAGUACACCGCUUCAUCUCAAACGUAUGGGAGCCAGCGAGAGUUCAAGGAACGAUUACUUCAUCUACGCCGAGGUGAGCGAAGUUACCGGCCUUUUGGGAGCGGAUGCGGGUGGACGACGGCUUCAUUUGAAGUCGGUGGGCGGUCAAAAUUCGCACUCACUCGGACCAACAAGCGUCCUCAUUUGCUACGAUAUGUGGGCAGCGCUGAUCAGGAUCGGGACAUUUGUGCUUGGUCUCGAGGUUGCGGGUCGACACUCUGAGACGGCCACAAACGACUCGUGA